AUUGUCAUCUAUGAAUGCAGCUGUUAUAGCAAUGAACUUUUUGUGAUCUUCGUGUCACAUCUUUGCUAUAGUAUUUAACCGUUCCACAUUACCUACAUGUAUUCUGACAAUAGGUCAAUUAGUAAAUUUUCCUCGGCACCGGCCGGCGCGGCGUGUAUAUUGGCGACAUCAUCUGUUGGAAGGGCUGUCGGCCUCCAUCCUAGUUGUGCAACGAUGUCUGCUACGAUGCUCUCGCCGCGUGGAGAGCCCAGUCUUGACGGCGCGUGUGCUGGGAGCGCGUGAUUGUACGGAAAAUGUUGCGUAUCACGUUAGCGACGUUGCUGUAUUUCGCCGCUCGCGCGUGCGGGACUGUCAUCCAUAUCAAUGAUACGCAAUUCUCCCAAUUGCCUCCCCUGUACGGGUUAGACGAUUGGGCGCAGUGCCAGCAGCCGGAUGACGUGUGGUGCAUGGUUGACGCCGCAUUGCAUGCGGAAGGACCCUCGCCUGCACUGGAGUUGCUGCAGGAAUACUCUAAGGUCACCCUGAAACACUACAACCGGACGCAAGUGCACCGGGGCUUGUGCGUAUCGCGAUGUGGGCCGAAAGCGGAAGGCGAGUCGGCCUGGCACGGAGCCGCGCGCGUCUGUUUGCAGCGGGACUUGGCUCAAUACAACUUGACGGCGGAGGUAUUGUCAGUGAGCUGGUGUUCCAGCACCCGCCUGGAGCCAACCAGUGGGGCGGCAGCGCUGGCCAUCCUCCUCGUGGUGCUGCUGGCUCUGGCCUUCUUGGCCACUACGCUCCACGUGCUGGGGGAGAGAUGCGCCAAGUCUGACGGUAAUAAGUAUCUGCUGGCGUUCUCGAUGAAGAAGAAUUGGGAGAUUUUGACGUACGACCGCUCCAAGCCGCGCAGUGAUGAUCGCAUGAAGGACCUCACAUGCAUCGAGGGGAUAAGGUUCAUUGGCAUGCAGUGCGUGAUCUUCUCCCACGUCAUGCUGAUCUAUAUUUAUUCGUACACGGAUAACCCACAGUUCAUCGAAAGGAUGUACGACCAGUUCGGAUGGCAAGUGGUGCUCAAUUCGCCACUGUGGCUGCAAGCGUUCUUCGCCAUGUCAGGGUUCUUGACCACAUACGCCACCGUCAUUACGGCCAAUAAGAGCCCCAUCAGUGUGUUCAAGUGUUGCAUGGCAGUUAUCAACAGAUUCAUUAGAUUGACGCCAGUGGCGGGCGUAGCACUCUGGUUUACGAUAUCGUGGUACCCACUACUUGGCGCGGGUCCUCAAUGGUCGUGGCUGGUGACGCGUGAGUCACACGACUGCGCCGAGCGAUGGUGGUACCACAUCCUCUACGUACACAACCAUCUGCCCAUGGGCAAGUUCUGUAUGGGACACACUUGGUACUUAGCGGCUGACAUGCAGCUGCAUGUGAUAGGUCUGAUAGUUCUUCUAGUGGUGCUGAGAUGGCGGACGCUGGUAGCGCCGGUUCUAGGAGUACUGGUGCUCGGGUCAGCGCUGGCUUCUGGUCUCGUCACCUACCUGAACCAACUCACGCCUAUAGUCACCGGGCAAGCACCAGAAGUUCUUCGGACAAUGUUCUUUGGCUCGAAGAUCCUGUCCCUGGUGUACCUUCCGAGCUGGAUGAACCUAGCGGGCUACGUCAGCGGGAUGGCCACUGCCUUUGUAUUGCACCAUCUACAGUGCGCCGGUGUCAAGCUCAACCAGAACAAGUGGUUUAACAUACUAUUCCACCUGUCGCUGACAUUGGGCAGCGUGGUGGUGAUGGCCGGCGCGGUAUUCCUUCGUGAGGGCGGGGGAGAGGCGUCGUGGGCUAGCGCGCUGUACUCCGCGGUGGACCGGCCGCUGGUGGCCGCGUGCUUCAGCGCCUUCAUGCUGGGCUGCUUCGUGCGCUGCAAGUCUGCUCUUCGUGAUAUGUUUGAGUGGCGCGGCUUUCAUUCUUUGGGGCGUCUGUCGUACUGCGUGUUCGUCAUACAUUUCAUAGUGCUAAGGCUUACGCUGGCUGGCAACACGCAGCUCAACCAUGCUUCUAUAUACUCGCUGAUAACCCUUCUUAUAUCCGUCUCUAUCCUGUCAUACGUCGCCGCAAUACCUUGCUGUUUGCUGAUAGAAUUGCCCGCGAUAGAACUGUGGCGAGCAAUCACGCAGUUUGACAGAAGAGAACAGCCAUCGGUAGUGCAAGAACCGCCACAACCAGCCGUGAAACCCUUGGACUUGGUCGCCGGCAUUCAAAGAAGGCAGGAGGUUUAGUGAUAAUAUACCUAGUUUUACUGCGAAAAAGUUGCUAGCUGUGAAACACUUGGAUUUGGUCACCGGGAUCAAUAGAAGACAGGACUUUUAGUGCUAAGAUAAGUUCUUUUAGUCAGAAAAGGUUACCAGCCGUUAAAACACUUGGACUUGGUCGUCGGCAUUCAAAGAAGGCAGGAGGUAUAGUGAUAAUAUGUAUACCUAGUUUUAGUGCGAAAGAAUUGCUAGCUGUGAAACACUUGGAUUUGGUCACCGGGAUC